AUGUUGAGUUGCAUAUUGACCGGAAUGACUCUUGUUCAGGAAAAUCUAAUCAGGCUCACUUCUGAAAAUCCAGAGGCCUUUGAUUCUGAUCGAUUGGAACAUCAACUUGCCCAAAAAGAAGAAGAAAAAAAGGAUGGAGUGAAUAGUGAUAAUGGUCAUACAAGAGAGAAAAGAGGGGUUGGGAUGAAAGAAAUGGCACUGCUGGAGGUGGUUAUAGAGGAAGAUGUCAGUGAAGGAGAGGACAUGAGUAGUUUGUUAGGAAAGGAAUUUGCCAAAAAAUGGAGGGGACCGACAAGGUUGCUGCUUUUGGAUGAGCAGUACUCGAAUAUUAGGACUAGGGAAUUGCCUGAGAGUAUAAAGGUUUAUGCUUUGCAACAUUGA